AUGGUAGAACAGAUCAAUGUGAUGCUUUAUGGUCUGGGGGCGAUUGGAUCCUUCUACGCCUUCAUCCUAAGCCGAUGCAAGCGGGUGCGGAUGACAGUGGUGGCCCGGUCCAACUACGAAGCGGUCAAGAAGAACGGGCUGCAUAUCAAAAGCUUGAACCACGGAGACCACGUUGUCCAGCCAGCCAAAGUUGUGAGAACGCCAGCCGAGGCAGGCGAAACAUACGACUAUGUCGUCUGCGCACACAAGGCAAUCGACAAUGCUUCAGUGCCGCAGCAACUGGCGCCUGCCAUUGACGAGAACACCUGUAUCGUGAUCAUCCAGAACGGGGUUGGGAAUGAGGAUCCAUUCAGGAAAACCUUCCCCAAGAAUGCGAUCCUGAGCUGCGUGACUUGGGUGGGCGCGAUUCAGAACACCCCUGGUGUUGUAAAUCAUACCACAUCGGAGAACACCCAAAUCGGCAUAUUUCCCAACGAAGCACUAGAACCGACCGUCGAGAAAUCCAGACUCGACGAGUUUAGCUCUUUGCUGCGAGAGGGAGGUACACCUUUCACAAUCGAGGAUAACAUCCAGGUCCAACGCUGGGAAAAGGUGGUAUGGAAUGCGGCUUGGAACACCCUGACCACUCUGACCAUGCUCGACACACAUGCCUGGCUCAAUUCAUCACCAGAUUCGGUGCCCAUGACACGAAAGCUGAUGCGCGAAGUCAUCGACGUGGCACGGAAAUGCAAUGUUCCUGUUCAAUAUGAGCUCAUUGACCAACUCAUCGACAAGAUCCUUGCGAUGCCACCCAUUGGAAGCAGUAUGCAGACAGACUGUAAGAUGGGCAGACCGAUGGAAGUAGAUGUGAUCUUGGGAACUCCAGUGCGGAAAGGAAAAGAGCUAGGUGUGGGCAUCCCCACAUUAGAGGUGCUUCAUACGCUGCUCGUUGCCAUCAAUACUCGGAUGACGCCAAGGUAA